CACAAUAAUUGGCCUUGCCAUUCCAAUACUUCCGGACGGGACUAUGAAGUCAGUGUUGUCAGUGUAAUGUCAUUAUGUGCCCAUUCAUUUUGUACCAAGGAAUAAAUCAGACAUUCUGCAAAUGCACUCUUUUCCGAUAAAUAAUUACACCCUGUAGUGCACUCCUACCUUGCCUCUGCCACCCCUUGUCUAAAAACCCCAUUGCAGUGAAUAACUGCCAGCUGGCAAUACCUGUUGCAAAUCUAAAUCACUCUAAACUGGUUUGACCCAGAAAACUGGAGCAGUCCAGUUGAAUUUGUGCAUCAUGCCUAUGUACUGUAUGUAAAAGCCUGACCGGGCGGAGUUAAAGCGACCACUGAGACACAGGGAAGGAGAGGUGAAAGGCUUUUAGGGAAGCUCGUGUGGGUGACUUUAUCCGUCUUAUCCUAGAAAGCAAACGAAUCCUGGCGGACAAGUCAUGCGCACGCAAGGUUUUCUGCUCCAGAUGUGAAGUUCAUGGUUAUACCUCAAGGCGUGUCAGAGAUGGAAAUCGAACAGACAGCUUGUUUUUAACCUUGCCUUUUGUUACCAAGGCUGUGAUGAACGAGUGAAUGAUCUCUCGGGCUUGUGCACUCCGAGGCUGAAAGCGCGCACUGCAGCGGUGCCAUGGCGGGAGCGGCUCUGGCGGGUCUCUCCGUGAUGCUCGGUGCGGGUUUCCUCGCCUGGGACUGGUCGAGCCAGAACCAAGUGGAGAAUGAUCCUGCGGUACCGAACCCCCGCAGACCACCGCACAUCAUCUUCAUCAUGACAGACGACCUGGGUUUCAAUGAUAUCGGCUACCACAACCCUGACAUGCGCACACCCACGCUGGAUAAGCUGGCGGCGAAUGGAGUGAAGCUGGAGAAUUACUACGUGCAGCCGAUCUGUACACCUUCCCGUAGCCAAUUCCUCACCGGCAGGUAUCAGAUCCACACGGGUCUCCAGCAUUCGAUCAUCAGGUCCCGCCAGCCCAACUGUCUGCCUUUUGACAUGGUCACCCUGCCACAACGCCUCCAGGAGGCCGGCUACUCCACGCACAUGGUGGGUAAAUGGCAUCUGGGCUUCUACAAACGUGACUGUCUCCCCACUCGUCGCGGCUUUCAUACCUACUUUGGUUCGCUGACAGGCAGUGUGGACUACUACACGUACGACUCCUGUGAUGGCCCAGGCAGGUGUGGCUACGAUCUCCAUGAAGGUGAGACAGUGGCAUGGGGAUAUCGGGGAAAAUACUCGACACAUCUGUACACACGCAGAGUUCGGAAGAUUCUGGCAUCGCACAAUCCAUCUGGACAGCCUCUGUUUAUUUUCCUGUCCUUCCAGGCUGUUCACACUCCCUUACAGUGUCCUAAGGAGUACAUCUACCCGUAUCGUGGCAUGGGGAAUGUUAAUCGGCGCAAAUAUGCAGGCAUGGUCUCAUCAGUGGAUGAGGCAGUACACAACGUGACAUAUGCGCUCCGGAAAUAUGGUUAUUACCGCAACAGUGUGAUUAUCUUCUCUACAGAUAAUGGUGGCCAGCCUUUAUUUGGAGGAAGUAAUUGGCCACUCAGGGGCAGGAAGGGGACAUAUUGGGAAGGUGGCUUGCGUGCAGUUGGAUUUGUCCACAGCCCACUUCUCAGGAGACGGCGGAAAGUCAGUAAGGCACUGGUUCACAUCACUGAUUGGUACCCAACACUGGUGCGCCUGGCAGGGGGAAAUGUAUCUCAAAUGCAUGAGCUAGAUGGGUAUGACAUGUGGGAAACGAUCAGCGAGGGCAAGGAGUCCCCACGCUUCGAGAUCCUCCACAACAUCGACCCACUGUAUGUGCCUUCACGCCACGGCUCACUCCCAGGUGGAUAUGGCAUCUGGAACACUGCUGUACAGGCAGCAGUGCGAAUGGGAGACUGGAAGCUGCUGACAGGAGAGCCGGGUUAUGGAGAUUGGACACCACCACAGGUGUUAGGAAACUUCCCAGGGGGCUGGUGGGAUCUUGAGCGUCACGCCGAAGCCCGCAAAUCACUAUGGCUGUUCAACAUCACAGCAGAUCCGUAUGAGCGCUACGACAUGGCUGAACAGAGGCCUGAUGUGGUAAAACAGCUGUUGGCCAGGAUAGCGUUUUAUAAUCGUACAGCUGUGCCUGUGCGCUACCCUGCUGAGGACCCAAGGGCAGAUCCAAGUCUGAAUGGAGGGGCGUGGAGGCCCUGGGCUGGGGACAAGGAAGCAGACAGAUGGCACCAAGUUUAUCACAGGAGGAGGAAUGACAAAAAUAAGAAGCUGAGCAAGAUGAGGUCAUUUUUCAAGAAACUGAACACAAAGAUUAUGUCCAAUAGGAUAUGAGUGGUAUACAUGUGAUAAAUGUGAUUUUCUUCAUAACCUUCUGAAAACCUUUUGGAAAAUUCAGAUGAAAGUCUUUUGCUUAAUUAUGCGUUACGAGCUUCUCAUGUUUGACUGUAUCUUAUUACAUACUCUACCUCUCCAUUUUUUUCUCUACUUGUGUACUUUGUAAGGCCCUACACUCUUAUAAAUGGGUUCUUCAGCUGUUCCUUUAGGGGAACCCUUAAACGUUCUGUGUAGAAUCCUACAACGGUGCUUCCCUUUUAGAAAUGGUUUGAAGCAGAGCCUGUUUAGGAGGCGAAAAACCCUUAAUUAUUCUAAAAACCUUUAAAAGACCAUUGAAGAAAUCCCCCCCCCCCCCCCCCCCCUGCCUUUUAAAGAGUGUUAUGCAUUCCUAGUACAACCUAAAAGAAAGGGCUGAGGACUUACUGACGGAUUAAUGUAAUGAAUGAAGGAAUGCAUUUUUGUGGUGGUCUACUCUAGACAAUCAUGCAUUUACAAUGCUCCUGGAUGCCUUUAAAAAUAUUAACACUGUGGACUUAAAAAAAAAAGACAAAAACAAAACAUUGUUUACCUGGACCAGCUGCUUUUCAUUUGUUUACAUAUUCCUUUUUAAAUGGAGUGUUUAAAUCACAAUGAUCAACUGCUCGCCAGACAUCCUAGUAUUUGGCAUAAUAUGUGUUGUGUGUUCUGCAUGCGUUGAUGGGUAAAAUUUGUUAUCUCCACUAAGAGACUUCCCUCUAGUGGUCACAUGGUGGUAUAAACAAACGUGGAUCUUGAGAGCUGCAAGAAAUUUCUUACUUUUAAAUUUUUUAAAAGUGAUGUUUCAUGAAAA